CUGCUGCUGCUGCAGGAGGAGGAGGUGACUCACCCGGGCUGUCAGUCAUGACGACUGCAGGGGAGAAUAUGAGAAUAGUCAACUCUGAAGGAGGAAGCUAGAGGGACUUUUCUUUUGAGCACGCUGAGCAUGCUUAUUAGGGCGAGUAUCAGUGUGCUGGAGGUGAAAAGGCAAGUGAGAGAGGACGCAGAGUAGACAGGAGAGAGAGAGAGAGAGAGAGUGAAGACAGACAGAGAGAGGACAUGGCCCGGCAUGCUCUUUUAACAUGUUUGCACAUCUCUCUUUUCCUCUUCAUUCUGGACACCGGGCGUGUUUCUGCAGAUGGAACCCAAGUGCAGAGCGCGACGGCCCCGGGGGAUUUCAUCAUCGGGGGAAUCUUCCCUCUCCAUGAAGAUGUGGACAGACACAACGUCACCUUUGAACCCCACCUGCUGCCGUGUAUCAGGUUUGAAGAAAGGCGGCUGGUGAAAUUGCUGGGUAUGAUCAACGCCAUAGAGACGGUGAAUAGAUCCCCUCCGCUGACCGAUGUCAACAUCACGUUGGGCUACCACAUCCUGGACUCGUGUUCCGAUGUGGACACGGCUGUGAGAGCCACGGCGGACUUCAUGCGGUCCAACUGCAGCUCGUCCGCCGGUGUGCAGCCGAUCACUGCCGUCAUAGGGGCGUCGCACUCUGAGACGUCGAUCGCCAUGGCGCGGCAGCUGACCCUGAAGAUGAUUCCUCAGAUCAGUUAUUCCUCCACCGCUGUCAUUCUGAGUGAUAAGAACCGCUACCCUGCCUUCAUGAGGACCGUCCCCAAUGAUGAGCACCAGACCGCUGCCAUGGCCAGUCUGCUCAGCGACUUUGGCUGGAACUGGGUGGGAAUAGUUACCACAGAUGGAAACUACGGCCAAUCGGCUCUCGACCACUUUGUGUCCCAGGCGUCUCUGAAGGGAAUCUGUGUGGCCUUUAAAUCCGUCCUACCUCAAUUCGUUACCAGUCAGGACGUCCCGACUGUUAUCAGGCUCACCGCCGAAACCAUCCUAAAGAAUCCCAAGGUGCAGGUGAUCGUGUCGUUCGCCAAGUCCGCCCACAUGACGGACCUGUUCCUGGAGCUUCGCAGGAGAGCAGGACAGCGCAUGGAGUCGAUGAAAAGAGUGUGGGUGGCCAGUGACAGCUGGUCCACCUCAGACCCUCUGAAAGACAACCUAACUCUGUCGGACAUCGGACAUGUUGUGGGCUUCACCUUCAAAAGUGACGACCUGUCCUCGUUCAACGAGUACCUGAGCAGGCUGGUGGCGACUGGACCCGAGUCCGUGAAGAACAACCCCUUCUUCCAAGAGUUCUACAUGUCGCUGGAUUCCAGCAAAAGUUCUGGAGACCCUGAGCUGAUGGCGGAAGCCGCGGCCAAACUGAAAGAUCACGCCUACGCUGACACCAUCUUCGGCGUGGAGGCGGCUGUGAGCGCCAUCGCUCAGGCUGUGGCGUCAAUCUGCCGGAACAGAGACUGCAAAACACCGGGCGCGGUGAAACCCUGGGAGGUGCUGAAAGCUCUGUGGAUGAAGGAGUUCAAACUUCGCGGAAAGACCUACAAGUUUGACAGCAAGGGAGACAUCGACCUGGGCUACGAUGUGAUCAAGUGGAGAUCAGUGAGGAGAGGAUACAUUGAAGUCCAUGACGUGGUGUCUGAGUACCACCCGCACAACAACAGCUUCACCAACAUCAGCCAACAUCUGUACAACCUGACGCACAUCGUCUCAAAAUGCUCGAACAGCUGCACGCCUGGAGAGUUCAAGAAAACAGCCGAGGGUCAACACACCUGUUGUUAUGAGUGCAUUAACUGCACCGAGAACUACUACUCCAACGACACAGAUAUGGACCAGUGUUUGAGCUGCGAUGUGCACACAGAGUGGUCUCGUCAGGGCAGCUCCAGCUGCAACCGCAAAGCCCUGCUCUUCUUCUCCUGGCACGACGGCUUCGCUAUCGUCCUCGUGGCGUUCUCUGUGCUCGGCAUCGUCCUCACUCUGUUGGUCUCUGCUCUCUUUCUGCAUCAGCGGGAAACGCCGGUAGUGAAGGCUUCUGGGGGGCCGCUGAGCCAGGCCAUCCUGUUCUCUCUGGUCAUCAGCUACAUCAGCGCCAUGAUGUUUGUGGGCCAGCCCAACAGCUACCAGUGUAAAGCGCGGCAGGUGCUGUUCGGCAUCAGCUUCACCCUGUGCGUGUCGUGCAUCCUGGUGAAGACCCUGCAGAUCCUGCUGGCCUUCCAGUUGAACCCUGAGCUGCAGCUGGUUCUGAGGAGGCUCUACCAGCCGUACGUCGUCGUUAGCAUCUGCGUGUCCUUACAGGUAGCCACAUGCAUCACCUGGCUCGUCCUCAAAAGCCCUUCUAACAUCACCAUCAGACUUCCGACCACUCUGCUGGAGGACUGUCAUGAAGGCUCGUACCUAGCCUUCGGGGUGAUGUUGGGCUACAUCGCCGUCUUGGCUUUGGUUUGCUUCAUUUGCGCCUUCAAAGGACGCAAGCUGCCCCAGCACUACAACGAGGCCAAGUUCAUCACCUUCAGCAUGCUCCUCUACCUCAUCUCCUGGAUGCUCUUCGUCCCCGUCUACGUCACCACCUCGGGAGUGUACCUGCCGGCCGUGGAGAUGGUGGUCAUCCUCAUCUCCAACUACGGUAUCCUCAGCUGUCACUUCUUCCCCAAAUGCUACGUGAUGCUUUUCAAAAAGGAGCAAAACACCAAGAAUGCUUUCAGGAAGAAUCUGUACGAAUUCUCCAGCAAAACCAAAGAUUCAAAAUCUGAGUCUGGAGGGUCAGAGAAACAAUCCUCCAGCGGUAUAAGCUCCAUCGUCAGCGUUUCGACCCUCUCUUCACCGACAGCUGAUCCUAAAAGUCCUGUUGAUUCGAUGGACUGGGAAGACUGGACGAGCACCAUCAGUUUAUACCGAGGCUCGAUCAAGAGAAGAAGCUGCCUCAGGAGAAGCACUAGCUUAUAAACUAAGAUGUUUUCUGCUGAGCAGUCAAAAAUCAGUCAUAUGAAACUUGAUCUUGAAUUAAAAGAUGGAAGGAGGAACUGUCUCAAAACUGUACAAACGACUGUGCCACUCGUUGUGACACAUCUAUGCUAGCACAAUGGGAGAAAGAUCUGAGUGUGUACAGAUCGGUGGAACUCAAUACCGACUCGUUCAAGUCACCUUCAAAAGAUACAAAAUAAUCCAGAUGAAGGUUAUGUGGCGGUCAUAUUUCAACCCCACACAAAUUGAAGAAAAUGGCCCGGUAAUGUUUCUGAUUUGUGCUGGCACUCAAGUUUGGAACUGUCCACAGGUCCAGAAAUUCUGGAUUUAAGUGAAAGAUUUUCUGUGCAAAAUACUUAAUGAAGUCCAACAGUGGGUAUACUGGGAUGUAAGAUAGUUGGGGUAACUUAUUGAUUGGAAGGUAAGAGAGUUGAACUGUUUUGACGUGGACAGCUGGCUUAAAGAAUGCUGUAUCUGGAAUUGGUGUCAUUGGAGCAAGCAGCAUCUUUUUUUGCAGAUCUGGGCAGUGACCAAGGACGUUCUUUGAGCCUGAUCACAUCCGGUUGGACUGUUAGAUGUUGGUGUUUAUCACCCUGGAGGUUAUUAUGGAUAUGAAGUUUUGUAGUCAAGACCACACCGACUGAGACCAAGACAUACCCGAGACCAGAGUGCUCAGAGACUAGGACAAGACCGAGACAUUUAUGUAUGGAGACCGAGUCAAGACCAAGACCGAGACCGAGACCAUAAAUAUCACUAAGAAAUCAUCGUCUUGUGUGCAGGGGGCGUGUCACUCAUUUAAGACAGUAGCACCAGGAAGGUUGCGGCCGUAACCAGGAAAUAAAAAAUCAAACAAAUGAAUUAUAAAGUUAUUUAACUUAAAGUAAUAACGGGGGGGAAAUAGUGGAUCAGUGGUGACCGGUCUUGAUUUAAAAUCCAGAGUCGGCCCAAUCCGAGACCGAGACCUUCAAAAGGUGGUCUUGAGACCAAGACCCUUUUUAUAUCACAAUUUGAAACCGACCUAUGUGUAUGUAAAUGAAUGUGUUUAUUUAUGGCUGUGAAUGCAUAUGUGUAAAUGUAUAUAGGUACGUAUGUGUAUAUAUAGAUAUAUUAGUGUUUUUUAUCAUUUUUGUCACCACGCAAUUUAGAACAGUUGGGAGCAAACUGUUGGGUUACAGAGGGUUGAGUUGUUGGGGUUUCUUUGUUGCAGGAUAAGUCCUGUCGAGGGGAAGCUGGGCUUCACCUCAGUGUCUGCCUCACAGAACGAGGAUCUCUCUAUUGUCUUUAAUUGUCUUUGUUGUUGUUUUUUUUUUGCAUAAGGUUGUCUUGCGUUAAAUCCUGCCCUUUUCUUUGUUCUAUAAUUUUGAUAAACAAAAUAAAAUGUAUGUGGAGUUCCACACAGUGUUUCUAUAAUAAAA